AUGCGUCUUCUAUACAUCUGCCUCGUGGUUGGUGCCAAAGCUCAGUCCAACGAUAUCCUUGGCUAUGUUGACCAGCUCAUUGGGAGCAGUAAUGGAGGAAAUGUCUUUGCUGGGGCUACUUUGCCGUACGGAAUGGCCAAAGCGGUUGCUGAUACGGACUCUCCCUCAAAUCAAGGUGGUUUCACCUUGGACAACAGUAACGUAACUGGAUUCUCAUCUUUGCACGAUUCUGGAACUGGUGGGAGUCCAUCUCUUGGCAACUUUGCUCUAUUUCCCUUCUCUGGCUGUGCGGGAGAUGAUGUUAAUGGCUGCAUAUAUCCAAAGAAUCAGAGGAAGACGACUUUCAAUAACGCUUCCCUGAAAGCAACUCCGGGCUAUUUUGGCCUUGAACUUGCAUCCGGUGUCAAAGUGGACAUGACGACAUCUCAACAUACGUCGCUCUUCCGCUUUCAAUUUCCGCCGGGAAACAUGAGCGAGAGUCCUCUAAUAUUAAUGGAUCUAACGGAUCUAUCUAACUCCCGGCAAGACAACGGUUCAGUUUCGGUGGACCCAUCAAACAGUCGGAUGAUGGGCAAAGCUGAAUUCAAGCCAAGCUUUGGGAUUGGAUCAUAUGUGGCCUAUUUUUGUGCUGACUUUUCCGGAUCAACAAUUCGGGAUAACGGAAUAUUUGUCAAUAGCCGUGCCAGCACUGAGGUGAAGGAUCUUACUAUCUCUAGGUCCAUCAAUGGCUUUCCUCUACCCGGGGGCGCGUUUGUUCGCUUCACCCCAGGCACAACUAAUGUUCUGGCAAGAGUUGGGGUCAGCUUCAUUAGCAGUGAAAGAGCUUGUAAAAGCGCUGAGACUGAAAUUCCUGAAUAUGACUUUACUAGUACUCUGACUACUGCUGAGAAUAUGUGGAGGGAUAAAAUGAGUCCGAUAAAGGUAGAUUCUACAGGAACUGACAUGUCUCUUGUAAAGAAUUUUUACUCUGGUAUAUACAGAACUAUGGUUAACCCUCAAGACUAUACGGGAGAAAACCCUUUAUGGCAGAGCGACGAGCCCUACUUCGACUCUUUUUAUUGUAUCUGGGAUCUUUUCCGAUCGCAAAUGCCCUUUUUAACAAUCCUGGAUCCAGAGUCCAUCGCAAAGCAGAUCCGAUCUCUCAUUGACACUUACCGACAUGAAGGCUGGUUACCAGACUGCCGAAUGUCUCUCUGCAAAGGGAUAACUCAGGGCGGCAGUAAUGCUGACGUAGUUCUUGCCGACGCGUUCGUAAAGGGUAUAGUUGACGGUAUCGAUUGGAACACCGGUUACGAAGCCGUAGUCAAAGAUGCCGAAGUUGAACCUUAUGAUUGGUGCUGUGAAGGCAGAGGUGGACUUGACAGUUGGAAAAGUCUUGGUUAUAUACCUGUACAGGAUUUUGAUUACAAAGGUUUCGGAACUAUGACGCGAAGUUUAUCAAGAACACUCGAAUACAGUUACAACGACUACACUAUAGCCCAACUUGGCCUAGGCCUUGGUGGUAGAGAAGCAGACGUGGGAAAAUACGUUGAAAGAAGCGGUAACUGGAAAAAUUUGUUUAAGCCCGACCAAAAAUCCUUCAUAAGUAGACAAAACAAUGUCUCUAACAGUACUGAGGCAGUAGACACUGGAUUCAUUGGUUUUUUCCAGCCAAGAAACCUCAAUAGCACCUUCUUCUUCCAAGACCCACUGGACUGCAGCAAUAUUGACAAUAAUCCUGCUCACACUUGCUCCCUCCAGAAUACAGCCCUCGAGUCUUACGAAAGCUCAAUUUGGGAAUAUUCGUUUUUCGUUCCACACGAUCAGGCUACAUUAAUAUCAAUGUUUGGGGGACCUUCUACCUUUGUUAAGCGACUUGACUAUCUUCAUGAUAACAACAUCACAUAUAUUGGAAAUGAGCCAUCAUUCUUAACUGUAUUCCAGUAUCAUUAUGCAGGCCGUCCAGCACUAUCUGCGAAACGUGCCCACUUUUACAUACCUGCAUUUUUCAAAAUUACACCAGACGGACUUCCUGGCAAUGAUGAUAGUGGUGCUAUGGGCUCAUUUGUUGCUUUUGCCAUGAUGGGUCUAUUUCCAAAUCCUGGACAGAAUGUAUAUCUCAUAAUUCCGCCUUUCUUCCAGAGCGUUUCUAUAACCUCCCCUAUUACCGGAAAAACGGCCACCAUUAAAAAUAUCAACUUCGAUCCUACUUAUAAUAACAUUUUCAUUCAAUCGGCUACCCUGGAUGGAAUGCCAUAUACAAAGAAUUGGAUAGACCACUCUUUUUUCACAGAAGGGAAAGAACUUAUACUUACGCUAGGUCCCCAGGAGAGUCAAUGGGGCACUAAUAUCUUGGACCUUCCGCCGAGCUUAGGACCUUACGAAGGAUUUGGAAAUUCGUCUGAGAACUCAGUACCUAAUCCUCAAACCUCACAGAGCCUCUCUUCGAUGGGUAUACAGAAUCACCAAGGUAGUGCCAUAAUCCCCGGAUCAGGCGUCAUGUAUUCAAUGUGA